AUGAAUUAUCAUUUUAACUGUUACGGUUCUCUAAGGCCGGGUAUUCAUCCAACUCAUCCAAUUUAUACUUCUUGUCCGUUACAUUUAAGUGAGUCUUUUAUUACUUAUGAAAAUUUAAGAAGGGAUAACAUAGGGGGGUUGAGCACACAAGAAGAGUCUCUUACUUCUAGGUUGGGUGCUGAAUCUCAAUCUUCUCAAAAUGAAGUAGACUCGAAAGAGACCAAUAAUCAAUCCAAGUACAAAAUUGGUAAGUUGAAGUGGACCCAAGUAAAAGAUGUUGAUUUAUGCAGAAGUUGGAUAGCAAUUUCGAAAGAUUCGGUGAAGGGAAACGAUCAUAAUAUUGGUAAAUACUAUAACAAUUGGAGAAGAGAAGAUCUAGAGAUACCCAUUGAAAAAGCUGCUAAACAUUGGUUCAAAAUGAGUGGUGAUGUUAAUAAGUUUAAUGGGUGCUACAUACAAAUAAAGGACAGUCACCCGUGUGGUCAUAACGAAGAAGAAAUUACAAACAAGGCCAUGGGACUAUUCUCAAAUGUUAAGGAAAAUAGAAAAUUUCCUUAUUUACAUGUUUGGCAAAUCCUUCGGAAUGAUCCAAAGUGGCAAGAAUUUGCUCGAAAACAAGGUAGUCCGUCCAUGAAAUCUAAAGUUGUUAGAUCAUGUGCUAGUAUAUCUUCCUUCACUCACCAUGAUAAAAACAACCACUGA